AGCAUCAUCAUUUCUGGGUGAUUAGGCCAACAAAGCGAACCCCACGCCGCCGGUUAACAGACAACCAUUCGACUAAUUUGCAAUUAGGAAACUCUUUGUGUGUUGACAAACUGCGUGUGAGGAAUCCAGCGGCGCGCAUGACCCCGGUCAGAGUCAGAGAGGCACCAAAACAGCCAGGGGACAACUGGAGGCUCGUCACGUGUUGUUGUUUGUCCCUCCCGGAGUCCUGCGCGCCCCGCGCGGCUCCAUCGUGAGUUUGAAUCAGACGGGAGCGGCCCCACGACCGCCUGACGCGCGCCAAGGCGAGCGCACGCACACCCCAAGUCCGGCGGUGCCUGGGAUUGGGUGGAGGGAUUGGGUGGAGGGAGUGGUGGCUGCGGACGGAGUCACAGGAUUGGUAGAGUUCAGCGCCAAACUUGUUGACUCAUAACUGAGCAACUCCUCUCCAUCCUUCACGGCGCGGAGCUGUCCAGGGCCAGUGGUGCUGAAACUGCCAGCUUCCGACGCGCCGUUGGAAUAAUUCCCUCUUUCUGUUGUUCCCACCCCGGGUUGAUUGCUCCCACCGAGACUUUGUAAGCUCCCAACACUCCCGAGGCGUCUGUUUUUAAGCGGCGUUUGACGGAUAUUUCUCCAGCGUCGCCGCUCCAUCCAAGAGCGCAUCAAGCCCCUCAACUUUCUUUCUUCCUCUCCUCCGAUCACACAGAGGACUCUCCGAGGCGCAGCCAUGGCUUUCAUGGUGAAACACGUGGUGGGAGGACAGCUGAAGAACCUGACAGGCGGACUGACGGAGGAGAAACCCGAGGGGGAGAAAUCAGAAGCCGCCGCGUCGGGGAUGACUCAAGAGGAAUUUGAACAGUAUCAGCAACAGUUAGAGGAGGAAAAACAAGAACGAGAAGCCAGUUUCGCCCAGAAGAAAGCUGAGAGAGCCACAGUCAGAAGUCACUUCCGGGAUAAGUACAGACUACCAAAGAACGAGUUGGACGAGACCCAGAUCCAGCAGGCGGGGGAUGACGUGGUUCUGCCCACGGAGCUGGCCAAGAUGAUCGCCGAGGACAACCAGGAGGAGACGCACAAGCAGUCGGUGCUGGGUCAGCUGUCCAACAUCCAGAACGUGGACAUCGACCAGCUGAAAGACAAAGCCCAGGCCACACUGGAAGACCUCAAAAAGCAGACGGAGAACUGCAGUCUCAUGUGAUUCGGCCGGCUCUAAGUCCCUGAAGAUUAGAGUUUUACUUGUACAAAUAUUUUUCAAAGGCAGAGCUGCUCUGGAGGUAGAAAUAUUCUUAUUGCUUGCUGGGAAUGUCAGCUGGCAGAGCCACAUAAUAACAGUUUUUCUAGCUGUGCCGAGUUAGACACAGGCCCCACAGAAAAGCAAGUAAAGACGAGGAAGCUGAUUUUACGAGAACUUGCAGGAGGGGGAGGAAGAACUGUAGCCGUAGUGUCACCUAGGUGAGCUUUCCCGUUAACCUUCACAUGUCCUAAAAAUCAUGAAUGUCAUUCAUAUUUUUAUUCAAGCUCUGGAAGACUGCGGUUCUCUGGCUCCUCAUGAGAUUAUUUCUACCUGUAGAGCAACUCCUCCUCUGAGAAUCGCUCGCCUAUUAAAUCCCUUACCUCCCUUCAUCCCCUGACCUCCCUCUCCCUCCCUCUCUCUGUACGUCACGUGACCAGUGAUGACACAAUCUGAUCUGCAGCGGAGGUCUCAGGUGUGUGAAUGUGUUGCGUGUGCAGAGUUUUCAUUGCUCCCAAAACACACAGAUGCAGAUGAUUUCACUCGGCGCGGAUCGCUGACAUCAUCAGCCGCUCGGUUGGAAUGAAAACACGCGUACGCAGGAGCGACCCCGGCUGGUGUGAGGAGGAGGCGGCCAUGUUGAAUUUGGGAAUUUAUUUUAGGAGAAAAAUUAAACGAAGGAGCCGUCGGUGGGGUUGUUUAUAUUCCACGUACAAAAGCACAAAUUAUAUCUUCGUUUAGAGAAACAAAUGAGGCAGAUUUUUGUCGUGAGUAGCUCACUGAUGUUGGCCCCUGACUAAAGCUCCCCGAGAGCUCAAUUUGAAUCUUUUCCUGAGACAUAUCAUUAUAAAAAUCAUGUAUUUUAUUUGCUCUUUCUGUACAUCGGUGUGCCUUGGACGUCCGUACAAGGUUGUUCUUCUCCAACAUCUGCAAGCCACUUCUCACAAAGACAGGCCUUCCUGUUGUGUUUGUUCGUUUAACUAACUACAAAUCGUUUUAGCGAGCAGGCGUGUCUUACUAAAAGGGUGCAGGAGAGAUUUUUUUUUUGUUUUUGCUGCGUUGUGUAAGUUACAGCUAAGUGUGUGUAAGAUAACUGUGCUGCCAAACUGAAACCUUGCGUCAACAUCAGCUGCAGAGGGAGCCGAUCUGUGUUUUCGCUGCAUCGAGACGUAGAAAACACAAAAAAAAAGCUGCUUAGAUGAGAGAAAUGUAAAUGCGUUAGACGUCGUCUGCCAAAGUUGAAGAAAAUACGACUGAUAUAGAGGAAAUGGCACGAAUAUGUCAAACUGUGUAGCUGCGGCGUGAGUAUUAAUCCACAUACAGAUAUUUAUGUUGUAUAAGAUGUAGAUGUAUCUGCUGUUGGCCUGUGAACUGUCAGCAGCAGGUCGCUCUUCGCUUUAUUUCUCAUCGACUCGUGGUGUCGUCGACCGUCUCAUGACCUUUGACCUGUCCUCCAUCUUGUCGACCCCCCUCCCCCGAGUCUCAGUGGUGCCGUUUUGUGCUGGUGGAUUCGUGUUGUUUAGCCGACGUGAUAUGUCAAAGUGGUGUCCUUGUAAAAAGAAUUUAAAAAUAUAUAGAUAGAAUUUUUAAAAAGCAAAAAAAACUCAUGGUGUGGCUGAGCGGUUAUAACUCUGUGUUCUGUCCACGUUGGUUUUCCUCGCCGCGCGUUAAGCGAAGGCGACGAAGACGAAGAGGGGGAUGUCGUCGAUGUCGUGUUGAAUCCGUAUAAGCUACUUUUUUUUUUUGACGGUGUUUGAUUCUUAUGUAGCAGUGAGGGUGACGUCAGCUCUGAUCUCAUACGUGUUUCCUCCCCCGACUUUGUUUCCUGUUGUAGCUCGACUGCCACACGUGUGAUUCUAGAGACUGUUUUAUCUCUCAGAGACGACUCGUUUUGCUGCUGGGUGAAAGUGGUUAUUGUCACGUGGUAGAUGAGCCGGUGUAUAUCGGAAACAUGAAGCAGAGGAGAAGUUGCAAUAAAGUCAUUUUAUAACAGAGCUACAAGAAACUGUGAUGUUCAAUCAUCAGACGGAGUUAAAGGUCGGAACAGAAGCCAUAAUGAAAACUGUGUGUGUGUGUGUGUGUGUGUGUGUGUGUGACUUCAAUAAUAAUUCAAUAACUUAAUAAUAAUAAUAAUAAUAAUAAAAUACAAGUGUAAUUAUUUUCUGUCGUCAUCCUGUGGAACUGAGUUUUCAGGAAAUGGCUGCCACGACACGCAGUUUCUUCUGGUUCUUUGUCUGUUGCUUUGUUUCGCAGUAUCUCAAUCAUUCUGUCUCUGGAAGUAUUUCAGUGAGUUUUGUUUUGUUUUGUUUUGUUUUUUUUGGAGUCUUAACUGCAAUAAAACUGAUUUUUAGGAUAAUGAA